CCGUGAGGCAGUAACAGAGACGUAGCUAGCUAGCUAACGUUGGAGAGAAAUGUUCAUUAUUUGUAGUUAAACACAGACGGCUCACGUAAAAUAAGCAGGACCCUCUUUUAUAGAAAGAAGAUGGAUUUUGAGACAAGGGAGACUGUACGCACGACACCGAGUCGCCACGAGAAAAGUUUGGGGCUCCUCACCAUGAAGUUUGUCAGUCUGCUUCAAGAAGCGAAGGAUGGCGUCCUUGAUUUGAAAGUGGCUGCAGACAGCUUGGCAGUGAAACAGAAGAGGAGGAUUUAUGACAUCACCAACGUACUGGAAGGAGUGGGGUUAAUUGAGAAGAAAAACAAGAACAUAAUCCAGUGGAGGGGAGAGAACUCUGGCAGCCAAACUCAGGAGGUGCUGGAGCACGUGAAGGUUUUAAAGGACCAAAUCUCUGAGCUUGAGGCCCAGGAGAAAGAGCUGGACAACCAAAAGACAUGGCUAGAGGAGAACAUCAAACACCUUAACCACAAUCCCCUCACCAGCACUUAUAAAUUUGUCACACAUGAAGACAUCUGCAAUGCCUUCAAAGGGGACACUCUGCUUGCUGUCGUGGCUCCGGCUGGGACUCAGUUGGAGGUCCCGCUACCUGAAACGGGCCAGAGUGGUCAGAAGUACCAGGUGAACAUGCGCAGCCACUCGGCUCCCAUCCAGGUCAUGCUCAUCAACAGGGAUUCAGACUCCACUAUACCUGUGGUCUUCUCUGUGCCACCCACUGAUGACAUCUGUCCAAUGCCAACUCCACCCAGCACCCCUGCCAGCCUGCAGAGGUUUCCUCUCUCCACGUCCGUGUACUCCAACACUACCUCCUCUUACUGCAGCCAGGACUCUGUUGAAUCAGACCACCAGAUGGUGCUGCCAGAACAUGAAGUACUGACACCAUCAUCCACCCCUCCUGAUGUGCAGAUGGACUGUCCCAGUCAGUCAGCAGCAGUGUUGGACCAGCAGCAGAUGGACCUGACAGGCCCAGAGUUCCAGUCUGUACUGGACGUGAGCAGCCUGCUGAAGCUCAAUGCUGCUGGAUACCACAUGAAGGAAGACAGAGAGGGAGCUGUUGACCUGAUUGAUGAGCUAAUGUCCAGUGAUGGAAUAGACUAUAGCUUCAACUUGGACGACAGUGAGGGAGUGUGUGAUCUGUUCGAUGUGCAGAUUCUCAAUUACUGAUGGCUGACAGCACCUCUACAAUCUUUUUUGUCCCUGAGGACACUUCAAAGAUGCUUUUUCCCAUUUUGGUUAAAAUUGCACAGCUGAUACUUAAACAUAAUAUUGUCAACUUGAAAAACAACAACCUUUACACACACAUUUAGACUUCUAAGCUCUGUGCCGAGAACUUCAGUUGUGCCCAGUUGCCCUCAGCCAACGCAAAACAAAGUGCCUGGAUUUAUUUACCAUGAGAUAAUUAUGAAGCCAAGAGCCAUUAUGUGUCCAAUUGAAUAGUUAACUGGGUAAAUUUCUACAACAUUCCAGAGAAAUGAGUUGCCUUUAGUGGAGGAACGCCUUCAACCUCCUACUGCACUUUUGCAUGGAUCUGUUUUUUUGUAUUAUUCCACAUUCAGUGGAAACCCUGAGACUUGACAACUGCUUUACUUUCUGUUUAUGAACAGUUGGGAUUGUGAGAGUGUUUGCCUUUAGUUGAUAUUCAUAGUAACGAUUCAGUAUUGACUUCUUUCUAACAUUUGAUACAGGGUUGAUGAUUCAGUCGUAUGUAAGUAAGUAACUUUCUGUAUAUGAAAAGGAUAUUGUGUGAAAACCUCCCCAAUACCAUAGUUAUAUUUGAUAAAAUGGCAUAUUGUAUUUAAUGAGUGAAUGUUUUGGUUACAUUUUGUAACCUUGUUCUCAUGUGAAAAUGCCAUAAAGAUUUAUUUUCUAAAUUAUUGGGACACUGCCAUUUUAGGCCACUUUUUUUUAAGCCUUUUGUAUAAUUAAUCUCAUAUUUGAAUAACGUUUUUUUAAUUUAAUUUAACCAAAUAUUAUUCUUGGUUGUAGUUUGUUGAAAGUGAAGCUGUUUGACAGCUUAAUUGUGAUAAGUGAAUGUGCCAGAUUUCCGAUCUGAAAUAUCAGAUGUUAAGGGGCAAUUUUCUUUUGAUUACAAGAAGUCAUGUUAUUUGAGACAUUUUAUUUUCACGUUUUUGAAAGUUUUCAAUAAACGGAUUUAUUCUCAA